AUGGCCGACGCUUUUUUUGGAGGUAUUGAAGGGGGAGCAUCGGUUUCCACGGUCGUCAUAACCAAUGGCAACGGAGACAUUUUAUCUGAACUUAAAGGAGAAGGCACAAACCCGUGGAUUCUUGGAAUAGAACCUUGCCUGUCUCGAGUCAAUGACUUAAUUAAAGAAGCUCUUAAGAAAGCUGAUCUUAAUAACAAUAUCAAAUUAAAUGGAUUGGGAUUGAGUUUAAGUGGAUGCGAAGAUCUAAUUUUCUGUAAAACAUUUGAGAGUAAAUUAAUAGAAUGUUAUCCAGACCUUACUGACGCGGUAACUGUUGUUAGUGAUACAUUGGCACCAAUCGCACUAGCUUGUGAAUCAGGAGGAGCUGUUAUUAUUUCUGGUACUGGUUCAAAUAGUCUACUAAUAAAUCCAGAUUCUUCAAUAAAAAGGUGUGGAGGCUAUGGUCACUUACUUGGUGACGAAGGCAGCGCUUUUUGGAUAGCAUUCAAAAGUAUUAAAUUAUGCUUGGAUCAUUUAGAAGAUUUUAAUUAUGUUCCAAAUGGUUACUCAAUUGACAGAGUGUGGGAAGCAAUUAAAGCACAUUUUAAUAUUGAUAAAGUUCUAGAUUUGUUGAAUGUAUUUUACGGUGAAAAAAAAGAAAAAUCAGAAAUAGCUAAAUUGUGUAAAACAAUAUCAGAACUAGCUGAAGAUGGAGAUGAACUAAGUCUGUGGAUCUUUAGUGAAGCUGGAAAAGAGUUAGCCAAAUUUAUACAAUCACUCUACCCAGGUGCUGAUAAAAUGUUACAUAAAGAAAAUGGUGGAUUGCACGUGGUGUGUGUUGGCUCUGUAUGGAAAAGUUGGGAAUUACUCAAAGAAGGAUUUAUGAAUCAACUUGAUCACCACCAUAACUCACAAGAAACUAUAGUAGAUGAAUUUACCUUAUUGGUGCUUGAAAAGACUGUUGCUUUAGGUGGAGUAUAUCUCAUUGCAAAAAAAUUAAAUUACAAUUAUCCUUAUGAUUAUGAACAUAACUAUCGGAAACUUUUCCAUUAUGUACAUGACCGACAAGGCCAAUAA